CAACCACUGCUCAGAGAAGGCCGGAAUCUGACCCUCCUGGCACUGGGCCCAGUCUCCAUGGCAGCAGAGGAUUUAUUUCAGGCCUCCACCCAGCCUGGUGGACUUUCGACUCCAAGUCAGAGGAAAGACAACCAAACACGGCUCCAGGAGCAAGGGGUGCCUGAAGAUGAGUACAAAGAAUGCUUCUCCCUGUAUGACAAGCAGCAGAGAGGGAAGAUUAAGGCCACAGAUCUUCUGGAGUCCAUGAGAUGCCUGGGGGCCAGCCCCACGCCUGGGGAAGUACAGCGGCACCUGCAGACUCAUGGGAUAGACAAGCACGGAGAACUGGAUUUCUCCACCUUCUUGACCAUUAUGCACACGCAAAUCAAACAAGAGGACCCAAAGAAAGAAAUCCUUCUCGCCAUGCUGAUGGCUGACAAGGAGAAGAAAGGUUACAUCAUGGCAUCUGAAUUGCGAUCAAAACUCAUGAAACUUGGAGAGAAGCUCACUCACAAAGAAGUGGAUGAUCUUUUCAAGGAAGCGGGCAUUGAACCUAAUGGCCAAGUGAAAUAUGACACAUUUAUCCAGCGGAUCACCCUUCCUGUGCAAGACUACUGAGAGAGCUGAGGUCCAGGGAGAAGAGGAUGAGAGCUCCAGGGCCUGAAAACCUAGACUGAUUUAUUUUUUAAAAGGGAAAUCUAGAGAUGGCAAACAUGGCAAUAAGACCACGUUGCAGGGGAUUAGUACCAAUAAAUGAUGCAGUCAUGGUA